AUGGAAGGUGUUAUGAUUGAAAUUGUCAAAGUCAAAGUAUCUGCUGGACAGUUCCUCGAUAAAGCUACAAAAAUUAUUCAGGAAGCCAUUGAUGAGAAAGCACCGUCGAAAACGACACAUGUUAGUGCACCGACAAAUGUAAAAAUUCUUUGUGAACGAUCAACACAGCAGUGGAAGCAAAUAUUAAUACAAACUACAAAUCAAGCUAUUGCCAAUCAAGUCGUAGCACCGCUUUUAUCAUUUGGUGCCAAUCAAUUAAUCAGUCUUGCUGGUAAUGCAAUCAAAAAGAAAUAUCGUUCAAUGAAAGAAGAAAAGUAUCAAAAACAAUUCGAUUCACUCAAGAAAGAUUUCGAUGAUAAAACGAAAGAUGAACAAAUGAAUGCCGAUGAAUAUGAAAAAGAGUUUCAAGCUUAUCAUGACACAAUAAUGAAAUUAUUGGCUAAAACUAGAAGUCCAAAAUUGUUCGCUAAUAUUCUACGUGAAAAUGUACCCAUGGAUAUGGUGUGUGUUCAGGCAUGUACAUAUGUUUUACACAAGUAUAUGAGUGAAAUGAACAUUACUGGCGAUGGCAAAAAAUUCACUGGUAUUCGUAUUAUUGUUGAAGGUCAAGAUGGUUCGUCGCACGAUUAUUCAAGCUCAUCGAAUCCAUCGCAUUCAAUAAACAUUUCACUCGACAAUAAUCAUUUUGUUAUGGAUGAACAAAGCGAUGGAAAUAUCGAAACAUCGAAAAAUAAUUGCCUAUACAAAGCACUCGUCAAUACAUUUCCUGCAUUGAAACGUGCAUUUGCCAAUGGUGCAGCUUUUCGGCAACAUUUAUCAAGUUACAUUGAAAAUGAUAAAUCUAUGCAUCAUACUAUUUCUCAAGGUUGGCAUAAGUUCUCAAUCAAGAAAGGCAGUUAUGGUGGCGCAAUCGAGCAAAAAAAGUUUGACCGGCAAAGUCUUUAUGAUGCAUUUCUAGAAAAUACCGGAAACCGUAUAGCAAAACUCAUCGAAAAGUAUCCAAAAUUUGCAGGUAAAGUUCGUCAAAGAUUCGAUCAACGUAUCAAAGAAAUAAAGGAAAUUGCACAGAAAGAAAGUCAAAGCGAUGAGACCUUUAAAAGAAUUAAUAAGAUAACCAACGAUUUCAGCAUGUAUUUAAUCAAAGAGUUUGAUGGUGAAGAUCGUCGCGAACUAAGAGAAGAGUUACACAAAAUAAUGUCAGGUUUUGGUAUCCGUCUUAAUCAAACAUUGCAUCCCGUAUACAUAGAAAUUUUGAAUAAUAUGAAACUAAAAACCGAACAAGCUGAUACAUGGUCAAGUCAUCCUCUUGCUAUUCAUCCAGCUGAUCAGAUCAAUUUUACUCAAGAUGAUAUCCGAUUACAAUCUUUAACCGUUAAAUGGAUGAAGUUACCCGAAAGUGUAGAUAUUAUCGCAAGUGUAAUUCACGCAGAACUUAACAAGGAGGUGUGCGAAGACGAACGACGAUUCAAUACCGUUGGUGUAGGUAUUGACAAAAAAACUCUAUACAUUGCAAUGAACCAGACUGAAGUAACAAAAAGUCAACAAAAAUAUGGCAUCAGUAGUGAAAGAUUCACGCAAAUAUGUAAUAUACUAAUUUCGAAAAAACUUGUUAUGGAAUGUGAAGAAAUUGUUCUUAUAGCACCAAAUGUAAUGCCAAAAAAUCAAGCACAAAAUCGAGCACUACAUGCUGAAAAGCAAAUUAUGAAGUUUUGGAAAGAUAAUGGAAUAUUACCAGGCAAUCAAAUAACAGAUCAGAACAAACCAAGUCGAAUAGGAGCAUCGAAGCCAGCAUGUAUAUGCUGUAGUCUUACAAUGACCACUAACAAGAUUCACUAUAAAACCUAUGCAAAGGCAAAUACAAAUCCAGUGAAUUGGACUGACCCUACAGGGAUUAAUGUCAGAGUACAGAACAGAGUCAGAGUACGAAAUUGA